CGUCAACCCUCGAAAGGCCCAGGAAGAAGAAGAAGAGACCCUGGGGGUGAAGAUGCAUUGAUUGGUUAUUUUAAGCAGGGAAGUUUGCCGGCGUGGUAAGCAAUCUCACUCACAUUGGUGUCCUCCGUAAGCUCUUGUUUAGCCUUCCCGCUUCCGCGCAGCCCGACCCGGCCACAGCCAUCCAGCCUGCCCCCCCUGUGUGUCAAUCUGCGCCCUGAGAGCAGCAUGUCUGAAUACGGCGCUCUGCCGACUAACGGAGUCGGCGCUGGGAUGAAAAAAGACGCUUUCGCAGAUGCAGUAGAACGAGCCAGACAGAUCGCAGCUAAAAUCGGUGGUGACGGAGUUCCCCUAGUGAGCAACAACGGAGGAGCUGAGAGCUAUCCGUUCGCCGCACAGAAACGAUCCCUGGAAGAAGCAGAUGAACCAGAUGCCAAGAAGGUUGCAUCACAGAGUGAAAGAGAUUCUGCAUUGUCUAUUGGAGCACAGCUGGCUGCCCUGUCUCAACAGAGUGUCAGGCCCUCCACAAUGACAGAAGAGUACAGAGUGCCUGAUGGCAUGGUCGGUCUCAUCAUCGGCCGAGGAGGUGAACAGAUCAACAAAAUACAACAGGAUUCUGGCUGCAAGGUCCAGAUUGCGCACGACAGCGCCGGUCUUCCAGAAAGAAGUGUUUCUCUGACAGGGUCACCAGAUGCCAUAGAGAGAGCCAAGGCACUCAUAGAUGACAUAGUGUCGAGGGGUCAUGAGUCGACCAACGGGCAGGCAGGUUCCAUGCAGGAGAUGAUCAUCCCUGCUGGCAAGGCCGGCCUUAUUAUAGGCAAAGGAGGAGAGACCAUCAAACAGCUGCAGGAGCGAGCUGGAGUCAAAAUGAUUCUUAUUCAAGAUGGAUCCCAGCCACCCAACAUAGACAAGCCGCUACGCAUCAUUGGAGACCCCUACAAAGUGCAGCAAGCAAAGGAGAUGGUCAAUGAGAUUCUACGAGAAAGGGAUCACGCUGGUUUUGGAGACAGGAACGAAUAUGGACCAAGGAUGGGUGGUGGAGGGGGAGGAGGAGGCAUUGAUAUAGCUGUGCCCCGCCACUCUGUGGGAGUCGUGAUUGGCCGAAAUGGGGAGAUGAUCAAGAAGAUCCAGAGCGACGCUGGAGUGAAGAUACAGUUUAAACCAGAUGAUGGUACAGGUCCUGAUAAAAUUGCCCAUAUUAUGGGUCCACCAGACCAGUGUCAGCACGCCGCCUCGAUCAUCACUGACCUACUACAGAGUAUCCGCGCCCGAGAGGAGGGUGGACAGGGGGGCCCCCCAGGUCCUCCUGGUGCAGGGAUGCCACCAGGUGGGCGAGGACGGGGUAGAGGCCAGGGGAACUGGGGUCCUCCGGGAGGAGAGAUGACCUUCUCCAUUCCUGCUCACAAAUGUGGGCUCGUAAUCGGCAGAGGAGGGGAGAAUGUCAAGUCCAUUAACCAACAGACCGGCGCGUUUGUGGAGAUAUCCCGUCAGCCCCCGCCAAACGGUGACCCGAACUUCAAGCUGUUCACCAUCCGAGGGUCCCCACAACAAAUUGAUCAUGCAAAGCAGCUCAUAGAAGAAAAGAUUGAGGGUCCCUUGUGUCCGGUGGGUGGUGGUCCUGGUCCAGGAGGCCCCGGUGGUCCCAUGGGUCCCUAUAAUCCCAACCCUUAUAAUGCAGGGCCUCCUGGUGGUGCUCCCCAUGGAGCUGCGCCCGGUGGUCCCCAAUUCUGUCCUCAGGGUUGGGGGAACACCUACCAGCAGUGGCAAGCCCCAGGACAACAUGACCCCAGUAAGGCGGCGGCAGCAGCAGCAGACCCGAACGCAGCAUGGGCAGCCUACUAUGCACAAUACUACGGCCAGCAGCCAGGCGGUGCCAUGGCAGCCCAGACUCCAGGAGCCCCUGCAGCAGCAGCACCAGGAGACCAGAGCCAAGCAGCACAGACUUCUGGGGGCCAGCCAGACUACACCAAGGCUUGGGAGGAAUACUACAAGAAGAUGGGCAUGACCCAGCCUGCUGGAGGGGCAGCAGCUGCUCCAGGUGCAGCAGCAGCCACAGCAGCAGCAGCAGCAGCCGCAGCAGCUGGAGGAUCUGCAGCCGGAGGCCAGCAGGAUUACAGCGCAGCCUGGGCUGAGUACUACAGACAGCAGGCCGCCUACUACGGACAGGGAGGGCAGGCGCCUGGACAGGCAGCUGCUCCACAGCAGGGACAACAGGCCCAGUAAAGAAGUGUUUUGGUCCGUUGGACGGUUAUGAUGGCUUUCUGGACUUUCUUUUUUUUUUUCCCCCCCUUGUCAAAAAAUUUCCAUUUUGGCUUUAACAAUG